CGAUUAUUUGUUUUUCUUGAUAAGGAAAUAAUUUUACUUGGAACACUUGAAUCUUGAUCAAGUGUUCAUUCGACAGCAUUACAGUGUCUAGGAUAAAGGAGAAGAAGAAAUCUUGAUUGAUCGAACGAAUAAUAUCUGGAUAGUGAAUACAGUUCACUCAGCAAAUACUUGUGCCGAAUGGGGAUUAGCUGGCCAAAUAUCUGGACAUAACGUAUCUACUGCAACCUAUGCUGAUACACCUGGUGCAGAGAAAACCAAUGAUCCUACAAUGGCAGAUGCACUGAAUGAUAACCCAACAGGAGGUAGCUACAAGAAAACUGAGGAUAAAGACCAAGGGCUUAAAGAUGAAGACCUUUUCCGACCAAUAUUAAGCGGUGGUAGAUUCCAGAAUCCAUGGUCUGGAUGGAAAAUGCCUGGACUUGGAGGGGUACUGAAAUGGAGAAUGACUCAGAAUGACCAAAGCAACAUUCCAAAGAAAAAGGAGGAGUUAGAUGAAACACUUCCUGUUCAAGAUGUUGAUAUCAAUGAAAUAUCACAACCACCAAAAAAUGGAAUGAGAGUAACAUGGAUGGGACACGCAUCAGUUCUAGUGCAGUUUGAUGAAAUAUCAGUACUAACAGACCCCGUAUUCAGUGAACGCUGCUCACCAAUGCCAUCUAUUAUGGGACCUAAGCGCUAUCGUCCUGUUCCGUGUCAGAUAGAUGACAUUCCUACAUUAGAUGCUGUUGUAAUCAGUCACAAUCACUAUGACCAUCUUGAUCAUGGAACAGUUGUCCAACUGAAUAAAAAAUUUGGUUCAAAAUUGAAAUGGUUUGUACCAAUGGGACUUAAAUCCUGGAUGAAUGACACUGGAUGUAAAAAUGUUGUGGAGAUGACAUGGUGGGAAGAGCAGCCUCUUUCUGAACAUGAGACAGCUGGGGCGACAUCUGGUGGCAGUGGGGUAAAGUUUGUCUGUUUACCAUGUGCUCACUGGUGCACAAGGAAGGGUCCUAUAGAUUUUAAUAAGGUGUUGUGGUGUAGCUGGGGUGUGAUCGGUCCAUGGAACAGAUUCUAUUUUGGAGGAGAUACUGGUUAUUGUGAGGGCUUUAAACAAAUUGGGAAAAAAUAUGGACCAUUCAAUCUAGCAGCUAUUCCUAUAGGAGCAUAUGAACCCAGAAACUUUAUGAAAUGUCAGCAUGUCAAUCCAGAAGAGGCUGUGAUGAUACAUCAAGAUAUAGGGGCCAAAAAAUCUGUAGGGGUCCACUGGGGAACAUUCAAACUCACAGAUGAGUUCUAUCUGGAGCCAAAGUCCAAAGUGACAGAUGCAAUGGAGGCAGCUGGCCUUAAGGUUGAGGACUUCUUUACGCUGAAUCAUGGAGAGUCUUGUAUAGUUGGCGAUAAUUAUGACAAUGUGGAUGAUUAGAGAUGCAUGACGAUGAUGAGAGAAACUCAUAUCUCUGAUGGAAAUGCUUACAUUGAACAUUGUCAAAGUAUGAGUUCAUUCAUCAAUGCAUAUUAUGCAUUUUAUAGCCUAUGGGAAGGAGUUAUAGAGAAACAAAAUUUGUAGAAAAUAUGCCAUAAUAUGGGAAAAAAAUGAUGUACUAUUGGAUUCUACAGAGCGGAUGGACAUAACGGUUAAAGUAACGUGUUUGUAUAUUAUACUGCCUUACUGUAACUUGGAUAAUAGAAUAUGAUGAAUGUGAUAAACAUUGUGCAGUAUCCGAGACACAUUUUGCGUGCAGUGGAUUUUGUAUGGCUUUGCAGUAUGAUGAGAGCCCAUACUGUCACAUAAACAGAUUAUCAGAUCAUUUUGAGUCAUACGGAUAUGCCGCUGAUAAACAAUAUAAGCCGAAUAGGAGGCUGAUAAAUGAUUUUCUGAAAAAUAUGACAGAGAUCUCCAUAAUAUAAGAAAUAUCACUGGGUGUUAUUGUAUAGAUAACACAAUAAUCGUUGGAUAAAUAUGUAUAUUAUACUAUGUGUUAUUUUAUCCAUAGUAGG